AUGGCUUCCGCCACCACCUUUUUCGAUUUCACGCCGAAAGACAAGCGUGAUCAAGAGUAUCCUCUUGCCCAGCACAAAGGAAAAGUGAUCCUCGCCGUCAACACGGCCUCCAAAUGCGGCUUCACCCCUCAGUUCGCCGGCCUCGAGUCCUUGUGGAAGAAGAUUUCUGAGAAGUACCCGGAUCAAUUCGUCAUCAUCGGAUUCCCCUGCAACCAGUUCGGUGGUCAAGAUCCCGGCUCGAACGAUCAAAUCCAAGAGUUCUGUCAGGUCAACUACGGUGUAACAUUCCCCGUGCUUGGGAAGACCAACGUCAAUGGCGAUCAUGCCGAGCCGGUGUUUGAAUGGAUGAAGUCGGAGAAGCCGGGUCUGCUGGGUCUGAAGAGAGUCAAGUGGAACUUUGAAAAGUUCUUGAUCGGCCGCGAUGGAAAGGUCGUCCAGCGAUGGGGCAGCAUGACCAAGCCGGACAGCAUUGAGAAGGACAUUAUCCACGAAAUUGAGAAAUCCAAGUCCGGAUAG